AUGCAGGCACUGUUGGAGUAUGCAGAGGAGAAGCCAGGUGGCAACUCAGCAUUGGCUGAGGAGUCCCUGCAGCUCCUCGGCUGUGUGAGAACGCCAGAAGCAGCUUGCGAUCUGCUCGUCCGAGCAGGCGCCCUUCCCCUCCACUCCCACUCCUUCCGCCUUGCUGCCUCCGCCAUGCCUGCAACCUUCCCAGCAAGUGUCGCUGAUUAUUCUGCUAAUCUCGCAGCUAACCCCCCACCAGACCCUGAUCAGGGCAUACGAGUUGAUCUGACGCAUCUCAAAGUCUACACCAUCGACUCAUACGACACGGUAGAAGUGGACGACGGGUUGAGUGCAGAAACCCUCCCGGACGGCCGGAUCAAGGUCUGGAUCCACGUGGCUGAUCCGAGCCGCUGGAUGAGGCUCGGCGACAGGCUUGACACGGAGGCUCGGAAGCGAGCCACGUCCGCGUAUUUUGCUACGGGAGCCGUGCCUAUGAUUCCGUUCUCCCUGGCCGCGGGUCCCAUGAGUCUCUCUCUUCCUCCUGCUCUUGCUGCUGCUCCUGCUGCUGCUGCUGCCGAUGCUGCUGGUGCUAAUGGUGGUGCUGCUACUGGGGACUCUGCUUCUGCUGUCGUCUGUGCGGUCACUGUAGUAGUCACACUGAAUCCCGAUUUCAGCAUCGAUGACGUGGACAUCAUGAAUUCCUUCAUCUGCCCGACCUACCGACUAGCCUACGACCAGCUUCCCGAAAUGCUUGCAAUGGCGGGCGAACACGAACCGGAGCUUCUCCUCCUAUCAGACGUUGCUGCCGGCCGGUUACGUUACCGCAUGCAAAACGGGGCAGCAAACAUCUCAAUCCCCGAAUCCGACAUCAAAGUUUUUUCCGCCACGUCACACUGCCCGGAAAUCUCGGUCAGCACGAUCGACCAGUCCGACCCGUCCCGGAGGCUCGUGUCCGAAGCUAUGGUUCUCUGCGGCGAGGCUGUGGCUAGGUUCGGCGCCGAACGUGACCUGCCGCUGCCGUACCGAGGCCAGGGCCCUCCGGACCGAAUGACAGAUGAGGAUGAGGAGGAUAUGCAAGCGCUCCCCGAGGGGCCAUGCAGAGCGGUGCAUUUGAGAUCGUUUAUGAGUCGCAGUGAGAUCAAAUGCUCCGGGCCGAUUCCGCAUGCUGGGCUGGGGCUGCAGGGGUACGUGCAGUUCUCGUCGCCCAUCAGAAGAUACUCCGACCUGCUCGCGCAUUAUCAGGUGAAGGCACUACUAAGGGGUGAGCCGCCUCCGCUAUCCGUAUCAGAUCUCGACACAAUCGUAUCGCACUGUGCCGCCCGGCAGCGCGAGGUGCGGCGGGCGGAAGGGGCGGUGGAGCGCUACUGGCUGCAGGAGUACCUGCGGCGGCUGCCGGCCAAUACCGUGCUGACAGCUGUCAUGCUCAAGUGGCUCCGGGCUGAUGGUAGCCCUCUGGCGCUGAUGCUGGUAGAGGAGGUGGGGAUGAAGACGGUUAUGAAGUUGCAGCGGGACGUGCGUGUGGGAGACUCAGUGGAUGUGAUUUUAGCGGAAGCUGACUUUCCUUUCUUCUCUAUGUUUAUUCUUUGCCUUUUCGUCCCUCAGGUUGGGAUGGAGACAGUCAUGAAGAUGCAGCGGGACGUGCGGGUGGGAGACUCAGUGGAUGUGAUUAUAGCAGAGGCGGAUCCUGCAAGGGACAAGCUGCGGCUCGUGGAAGCACCUCCGAGUUUCAGAGAAGCUCAGAUGAGAGGUUUGGCGUAUGGGGAAGGAGAGGAAGGUGGGCUGGAGGAUGGUGGGGAGGAGGAUAGGAGAGAGGAAGGGGAAUUGGAAGCUGGGGAGGGGGAGAGCAGUGGAGAGGCAUGGGAGGGUAGCGUGGAUGUUGAGAUCCAGCCACUUGCAAAGCUAUGA